AUGCAGUUCGCAACAGGUUCUACGGACUCUUUGCCAAUCUAUGCGGUCAUCUGUCCCGCCAACUCUGUCCAGAUGGGCAAGAGCGCGACGACCAGUGCGCUCGCCUCCAAAUUGAGCGACUUGCCCUCCGCUAACAUUUGCGGGGACGAUGCGAAGCUCAACAUCGACGCAAGAAGAUUCCAGCGUCGCUCAAUGCCUCACUCUAGGUCCAUGGUCCGUCGAAGCACGGACAAGAGAUGCAGCGCCGUCUCUUUCGAAUCCCGAUACGGUGUUCCUCUGGAUGCACAAACGCGUAGGGAUAUCUUUGGUGAAGAACAAUCCAGGCUGAUGCUGGGCUUGACGGAAGAGGCACAAACGAGACAACAAUGGCACAUCACUUUGCUUCCGGAUGACGAGAGCCCGGAAGCCUCUCGGUCGAGCACCGAGACCGAAGCGGAAAGGGCUUCGGAGGCUGAAAGCGCCGGACACGCAGCACGUGCACGUGCACGUGCACGUGCACACGCUCCAGCACCAGCAACGGCAGUACCAUGCGACUUCACCCGCACCAAGGCAUCUUCACAGCCGAGCAAGCCAACAGGAUCAGAGCUGCAAAGCGUCGCAACUGGUUCCAGUCCCUCGUCGCCGCGCUUGAACCCACGAAGUCUCAACCUCCAAACAGCUCUAGUCUUGCCCGCAUUGACCACGGUCACUUGCCCAACCACACCUCGCCUAUCCGCACGGAUGUUGCUCAAGACUUCCAUCGGCGCAGAGCUGGAGAACAUCGGCCUCAAGCGCUUGUUCAGUCGCUAG